ACGCAAUCUUGAAGGGCUAAAUUGGCACUAUUUUAAGAUCACAGAUCUAUCGAUUAGGCGUUAAACUGAAAUGCGUCAACACAUGCAUGAAAAUGACACAUUACAAUUGUUUUGAGUUAAUUUCUGACAGUUUGUCACUUUAUUUGCUCUCUAACUAUAAGCAACAAUUAAGUCGUGAUUUCAGUCCAUGUAUAACAGAAGUGAGUCACUUUAUGCAAACACACGCACGUACCAAAAUCCCAAGAGUUUUCAGUCAAUUAAGCAGCCAUUCGCAUGGAAACCCCCAAUGUCACCUAGAACAAAUACUAAUCAAAUACAGAUAUGUUUUAAGACCAUGAGUUCCAUGUACUCGAGCAACUCCGUACAAUCUGAAAGUGUAAGGUCGAAUUUUGGAAAACAAAAUGGUCAAUGUUCAACACCAAGUAUGGGCCUUGUUGCAACUGUAAGAGUUCAGCCGACAAAUGGACAAGUAAGCACGAACGUUGUCAACCACUCAAACAAUUCUUUGGGACUAAUGGGAGCUCCUAAACCGCGAAUAUAUUAUUCGAGUCAAAAUAGCACAACCAAUGAACUCAAUCGAAAUUCGUUGAAGACUAGUGAUGGUAGGGUGAAAUUAAAAAAUGUUGGGGACACUGAACAAGAGAAAUUAUGCAUUUUGACGGGUACUGUUGAGCGAGUCAUCAAAUAUGGAAAGAUAUUCCAAAACAAAUUCAGCUACUUCCAAGUAUUCGGUAGUGUUGUAUCGAUUAAAGAGGGAAAAGUACCGUUCGAAAAUACUAUGCUUCUAAGAGAUAAGAAAGGACCAAUUUUACAUCUGAUCUAUUAUUCAAAUACGACUCAUGUUAAUAUUGAUGACUUCCAUCUUGGUCAAAACUUAAGAGCCGUGGGUCGAAUGGUGGGACCAAACGUAAUGUCUGCACACACUAUAAGAGCGGCAACCGAAGAGGAAUUGGAGGUUCUUCCUAGAAUGUGUUAUAUAUCGGAUUAUUCAGUUUCAGUUUUGUGUGGAGAUGGACAAAUGUUUCAAAAGGCUUAACUUUCUCCUCUUCGUGUUCUCGACAUUAAUCUAUUACGUGUUGCUAGAUUAUUUCCAAAAUAUGAUUUCGAGUUGAUUCGUAGAAAUAAAGAUAACUGUAAGUGCGUAUUUAGAAAUGAUGUAUGAACUACGCACUUUUUAGUUUAAAGCGGUUGUAUUAUAAUAAUGUUGGUUAACUUGGUGUUUCUAAUUGCCAAUAUCUAUUUUUAAAAUGAAAGUGGUUCAUCAUCUAAUUUUCCUUGAACAUCAUAUCACUUGACAUACGCCAGGAAUAACAAUACCACAAGUAUUUUUUUUUUGCGGUUAAACAGCAUUUUAAUUUUUGCAAAAAAUUCUGUCAUACCUUUGAUAAAGAGUACUAUUAUAAGCGCAAAAUUAGAUUUUAUUACUAUGAAAUACAUAAAAUAUCAUGUAGAUAUUGUUUAACAAC